UAUAUUUCCUCCUGACUCCUGAGGUCUCCGGCUCACCUUCGACCGUCUGCCGGGCGGUGCUGCCGGUCGCCGGCACUCGGCAGUACGUGUUGUUUGAAGGUCUGCUCUUGUGUGUUAAUGCAUGAUAACAAUAGAGAAAGUGUUCAUUUAAUGUUCAACGAGGACUGACUCCCUUCACUCUAAAACUUACCUACCCCAAGACACGUCACAUUGAGACUAGCCGCGACCCCGCGACUCACUGGCCGAGGACUGAGGGAUUGGUGGACGGGAGAGGACGUGUUCAAUAUCAGAAAACUUCUUUAUAAAUCGUAAACACUCUCUAGAGCGGCUCCUAUCUCGAUUUAUAUCUUACAAUUCAAGUUUGAACACAUGAGUCAUACUUAGCGUGCAAGAAAAUAAAUUACUUUUUAAACAAAAGAUAUAAAAAAUAUACCGUGUUAUAAUUAUUGUAAACGGCUAUUUUUAUUGUAUGACGAUAUCUCACCUUGCAAUACAUUACAUACAACAAUUGUAAGAACCGAGGAGGCGAAAACAACUGCGAUUAAAGAAAGAAAGAAACAUCAGCGACCAGGGAUCCAUGGAAUAUGUCACUACAUGGAGAUGUUUGUGAGCUGAACCGACGCCGCUGUUGUUAAUUCGUUUUGUUGUGUACAUUUACAAUGUGAGUACAACGCACUGAUUUUAAAUGAUCACAGCUCCUCUAUUAUAUCGGUCUACGUUAUUUAUAGAACGAACUAUAUCUACAGUCGUCAGCUGGCUCUAGGGGGACAUACAUACAUAUUGACGGGAAUGCUUUAGUAGUUUUCCUAAUUGUUAUAUUGCAACGGUGAACCUGUUCGGAGUAACAGUUUAUGUCGCGCGCCAUCUAGCGGCCGCGGUUGUAAAGUGUCUCCUGCGGUGACGAAUUGGCAACGUCGCCUCGCGCCGGAUGCGGACCGCGCUCUGUGACUGACGACUCAAAAACAUAUCACUGUUGUAUGUACAUACUUGCUAAUCAAUAUUAAUCGUUAAUAAGGCGACAUGUGCAUAAAGACAAUAUUAUUAAUAUUAAUGACGGUUUCCACAAAUUGAUAUAAUAUAAGACGUGUUUGAUGUUUGUCGGCGAUCACUCGGCUGAAAGUUAGCGUCGCCGACCACCGAGCGCGAUAAGCGAUGGAGGCGGCGAGCGGCGGCGCACGGAACGGCAACCUCGCCAUCGCUUACCUUAGCGCAGUAUAGCGAGCCACUCGCUUUGAGUAGACGUGCCCCCGGCUCCUAGAACACGGGACACGGGAUGAGCGUCAGAGAGUACAGGGAGAAGAUCAUCGACGAGGUGAAGAAGUACCCGGUGCUGUACGACACGAGGCACGAGAACCACCGGGACAUCGACGUCAGGGACCGCUGCUGGGGCGAGAUAUCCGACAGGCUGGGCGUGGAGAGUGAGGUGUUGAAGCGGGAAUGGAAGAUCCUCCGCGACUCGCUUAGACAGUCUCUGAAGAAGAUCAGCAAGGGUGCCACCACCAAGGCCGGCGUGCCUUGCAAGAAGUGGCGCUUUCAGAGUCGGAUGGCUUUUGUCCUGCCCUACAUGACCGUGAGAAGAAACCAACGUCAUGUCCGACAAGACAUCAAGAUAGACGAGACGGAGGUCCCAUCCGACCAGGAUGUAGAGUCUGAAGUGUGGGAUCCAGGGAACGAGCACCAGGAGUCGCUAGACCUGUUCUUCGCCAGCGUCUGCCAGAGUACUAGAAGACUUCCCAAGAAAUACCAAAACCAGAUCAAGAGGCAAGUCCUGGACGUGCUGAUGAAGGUCGAGGAACAGUUCGAAGCCGACACCGUGGAAACCAAGAUGGACCUCUACAAGAACUGUUGAGUGCUCUUUAGCAGACCCAACCUGCGAUCCUUAAGAUUUGAGUGUUGGCGAGACGAUAUUGUGUUUGGAAAUUAAAUGAUAGGGCGACACCGCGUCGUACAUGUGUAUGUAUGUGCUGUUAUGUUCAAGUGGCCGGUGGUCCCAGGUUGUGGUCCCAGGUUGUGGUCUAGGUGUGUGUGGAGGACGGCGGCUGGAGUUUUUUCUUCGGUUCCGACAUAUCGUAAUGGAAUCACUUAACGCUCUGAGCAAUAUUGACAAGCAGCCGUUCACUGAGCCAGUGAACUUAGUGAAGUCUAUUCUGAUGAAGAAGUCAAGGAAUAUAAUGAGUUUCAUUUUUGUAACUGUCUCGGACCCGACGCGUCUGUCCCAACACAAAUAAACACUAGGCUCAAA